CCCCGAUCCAUCGCCUUGCUCCAUUUUCCUUUCUCUGACCUUCUACAGUCGAAACAAUCCUAAGCCAAAUCCUCCACCCCCAAUCGCUGUUCCUAAAGCUACUCUCGAAAAGGCUCAACAAACCCUUUGGCCGCGCGGACUCCCCUUUUUCUUCAUUUAGUUUGUUUGCAAAAAUGGCUCGUGGAAACCAGCGUGACAAGGCUCGGGAAAAGAACCUCAAGGAGGCGGCCAAGAAGAAAUCAGCCAACAACAAGAGCGGCAGCGAGAUGGCUAGAGAUAAAGAGGCAGUGGCACAGAUGAUGCGCGAGAAGCAAAAAGCUGCGGAGGCCAAAAAGGCUGCCGAGGCCGCCGCGAAGAAAUAAUAUUACUAUAACGAACCAGCGAGCCUCCGAAACCCCGACCUGUUCUUGGCCACUACUUUAUGACCUGAUGUAUCGUUCCUAUCCCUGCGGUCUCGCACACACGAUACCAGUGUAUAGCGUGGUCAGGCUCCGUCGCGAUCCUGGGCCAGCUGCCUUGUUGCAACCCGUGACAUCCACCGCGCAAUUCGGUCGGCUUUAAAAGUCCUGGCGAUGCUGUUGUCAAGUCGGAGUCUAAGAUCCUCCCUUGGUUUAUCUGUGUUUGGUGUUUAAUUUAGGUGGAGUUUUGGCCCUCUUUCUCAUUCUGUCACGUUCUUAUAUUCCUCUUUUGGAAUCACGUAGCGGCCUACGAUGCAAUUUGACCACGAUCGGCGUACUGGAGUCCAGCAAUUUUCCUUGGUGGUGCCACUUGCUCUCCUCUGCUCCCCGUGUGCCUGCGUAAUGGCAUGGUACAAGGUGCCCUGACCAAUUUGGGUUGUGUUUCGCUGUGUUCAAGGCGUUUCAGUCAGAUGCGCGACGUUAGACGGAACAUGAAUUCCCAGCGGUAACUGCAAUCAUGAGCGACACCAUGCGCGUUUGAUUUUGGGCCGUCACAACGACUGCUUGUGGCGUUACGUUGUCAGAUUAAGCGCUAGCUUAACUUUGUGACGAGACCCGAGGGCAGGAACUGGCAGGCUGUCGUACGGCACAGUCAACAACAACUCGGAUUGCCGGGCCUCGGAUAUUGAUUUAUGCUGGCUCUUUCCAGCCAAUCAAGAUCGUAUAACCUACCUGGAUUUGCCAACUUUCUGCAUUGGUCAGUUUGAUGGCUGGAAGGGAGGUGAAUACAACUAUGGGGAUUUCGGAAAAAAGAAAUCUGCCAAGACCAUAAAAAGAGCGCCCGGAGACAUUUAUGAUCAGGGCGUUCUGGCAAAACACUGGUGAUUUUUCUUUUUUUGUUCUAGGUUGUUCUCAGGGUUGAAAUCUCCGGUAAUCUUCGUCCUUGAAGCGCUAGCUUCGCUCGUGCCAUUGCGCAACGUUUCUUGGCGGUAAUUUCGGCCAGUUGGACGGCAUCUACAGUCUGCCAGUGUUUUCGUGGUUGCCCAGCACCGCAUGAAUCACAAGCGGAAAUACAUAUUUCUGCGGCAUCUGUGUGUUUCAUCAACGGAGCGUUUUCGAUAUCCUGUUGGGAAAUUGCCUUCAUGCUCUUCGAUCGUGUUUAGCACUGUUGAUUGAUUUACCCCCUGGGUCGGG